AUGAAGAACAGUCUUGUCAUCGCAGCAGCUGCGCUGCUCGGUGCCGCCGAUGCUGGCAUGCAUCGCAUGAAGCUCCAGAAGGUGCCAUUGGAGGAGCAACUGGGCGCUGCCAACAUUGGCGACCAUAUGCGAGCCCUUCGCCACAAAUACACGCAGAAGCCCAUUGGCGGUCCGUCUGAAGACAUCUUUGGAGAUACCUCUAUCCACCCUGAUGGCCCGCACGAGGUUCCCGUCGAGAACUUCCUCAACGCGCAAUAUUUCAGCACCAUCGCUCUUGGCACACCCGCUCAGGAAUUCAAGGUCGUCCUCGACACCGGGAGCUCCAACCUCUGGGUUCCUAGCUCUUCCUGCGGCUCCAUCGCCUGCUACCUCCAUCAGAAGUACGAUUCGUCCGCUUCCUCUACUUACAAGAAGAACGGCACCAACUUCGGCAUUCGAUAUGGCUCUGGUGAAGUGGCGGGUUUCAUAUCUCAGGACGUUCUGCGCAUUGGAGACCUCAAGAUAAAGGACCAACUGUUCGGAGAGGCUACCAGUGAACCUGGUCUGGCUUUCGCAUUUGGCCGAUUCGAUGGCAUUUUGGGUCUAGGCUACGAUACCAUCUCUGUCAACCACAUUCCUCCCCCAUUCUACAACAUGAUCGACCAGAAACUCCUCGACGAGCCUGUGUUUGCUUUCUAUCUCGGCAACACCGAAGAUGGCACGGAAUCAGAGGCUACCUUUGGUGGUAUCGACAGCAGCCACUACACUGGCAAGCUGAUCAAAAUCCCGCUCCGCCGAAAGGCUUACUGGGAAGUCAACCUUGACUCGAUCACUUUCGGAAAGGAUACCGCCGACCUUGACAACACCGGUGUUAUCCUCGACACCGGCACUUCGUUGAUUGCCCUGCCCAGCACACUCGCCGAACUACUCAACAAGGAAAUUGGUGCCAAAAAGGGCUUCAAUGGCCAAUAUACCGUCGAAUGCAACAAGCGAGACUCGUUGCCCGACAUUACCUUCACGCUCAGCGGCUACAACUUUUCCAUCUCUGCUCAUGACUAUAUCCUCGAGGUCCAGGGCUCUUGCAUCAGCAGCUUCAUGGGCAUGGACUUUCCAGCUCCUACCGGACCGCUUGCAAUUCUUGGUGACAGUUUCCUGAGGAGAUGGUACAGCGUCUAUGACCUCGGCAGCGACUCCGUCGCUCUAGCUAAAGCCAAGUAG